UUAAGAGAUAAAGACCUCUCCGUCUCUCUCUCUCUCUCUCUCCCACCACCACCCACACGCGUUUGCAAACACAUGCACAUUCAUUCUUCCACAAAUUUUGUCGUAAUGGCCAUAGUCACCAUGAUUAACCAUAUUUAAGGUAAGCACAGUGAGGGUUGUCAGUGGAGAAAAAUUACAAAAUGGACUAUUGGUGGAUUACGGUCGUGGUGACAUCAAUCUUCUUGUCCGCCAUAAUACUCUACAGGAUCAUCAUCAGGAGCAAUAGUAGUACUAUUAGAUCAUCAAUCUACAGGAUCAGAAGCCCACUUCCCUUAGGGACUCUUGGAUGGCCUUUUAUCGGCGAAACCAUCGAGUUCGUUUCUUGUGCUUAUUCAGACCAACCCGAGAGGUUCAUGAACAGGCGUUGUAGCAUGUAUGGGAAGGUGUUUAAGUCACACCUAUUUGGAAGUCCCACCAUAGUUUCAAUUGAUGCUGAAGUGAGUAGAUGUAUUUUGCAAAGUGAUUCAAAGACUUUUGUGCCGUUUUACCCGAAAUCUCUCACCGAGUUGAUGGGAAAGGACUCUAUAUUGCUCAUCAAUGGAAGCUUACAAAAAAGAAUUCAUGGACUCAUAGGAGCCUUCUUCAAAUCCCCACAUCUCAAAGCUCAAAUCACUAGAGACAUGCAGAAUUUUGUCCAAAAGUCAAUGGGUAACUGGAGAGAAGACCACCCCAUAUACAUCCAAGAUGAAACCAAAAAUAUUGCUUUUCAAGUUCUGGUCAAAGCAUUGAUUAGUUUGGAUCCAGGCGAAGACAUGGAGUUCCUAAAGAAACAGUUUCAGGAAUUCAUCGCUGGUUUAAUGUCCUUGCCCAUAAAAGUCCCAGGAAGUCAACUCCACCGAUCAUUACAGGCAAAGAAGAAAAUGGUGAAGUUAGUACAUAAGAUUAUACAAGAGAAAAGGAAUAGUAGUACUAGUAGCAGCAUAUCAACGGUUCCAAAAGACGUGGCGGAGGUUUUACUGAACGAUACAAGAGAACAGCUAACAGACGAUCUAUUAUCAGAUAAUAUGAUUGACUUGAUGAUACCAGGAGAGGAUUCAGUACCAGUCCUUAUGACUCUUGCUGUAAAAUACCUCUCAGAUUGUCCUGCUGCUCUCCAACAAUUGACGGAGGAGAACCUGAAGCUCAAGAGACUCAAAGAUCAGCUUAAAGAACCAUUGAGGUGGAGCGAUUAUUUAUCACUGCCAUUCACACAAAAAGUGCUUACAGAAACUCUGAGGAUGGGAAACAUCAUAAUAGGGGUGAUGCGAAAGGCGAUGAAAGAUGUGAAGAUAAAGGGGCAUCUCAUACCAAAGGGAUGGUGUGCAUUUGUGUAUUUUAGAUCAGUUCAUCUUGACGAUAAUAUAUAUGACUGUCCUUAUCAGUUCAACCCUUGGAGGUGGCAAGAGAGGGACAUGAGCAGUUGUAGCUUCAUUCCAUUCGGAGGUGGACAAAGGUUGUGUCCAGGGCUUGACUUGGCCAGGCUGGAGGCUUCUAUCUUCCUCUACCACUUUGUUACUCAAUUCAGGUGGGUGGCAGAGGAAGAUUCCAUUGUCAACUUCCCCACUGUAAGAAUGAAGAAAAGAAUGCCUGUUUGGGUCAAAAGGAGAAGAGACUCUUAAAGACAAUGCCAAAUGAGCUCCGAAGAAUUUCCCAUGCACUGCCACAAAACCAAACAACACGAAAAGACAAGGGAAAAGAUUGAAGAUAAAGAUGGCCACAGAGACACACGUGUGGUAGGCAUCAUCAAAAGUUGACACAUUUGUCCUAUUCUUACAUAUAAUUGCACAUACAUAUGUAGACAAUAUAGGCACAUAUUUUUUGUGGGUCCCCAUGAUUUUCUCACUGAUGAUUCUUCUUCUUUCCACUUUUUUUCACCUGUUAUAAUCGGUCUGUAUUACUACAAUAAAAGGUGAGAAAGUAGAGCUUCUUUUGUUAGGUUAGUGGUGGGUAUAAGACAAUGAUUGUGUUACAUGGGUCCCUUAUGAACAAUGACAUUGAGAGAACAAGUUGUAUGAGAAUUGAAUUGUGUUAUAGGUGAUUAAAUCUUGGAUUGGAAUGGUCACCAUCAGUUUUUGGAGCUUCAUGAGUCUGUAUUCUUAGUAGAAGAUAAUGAUGGAAUAUA